CACACUUCCGAUUACUGCUACUGUUCACCCGACGAGAAGGCAUCCAACACCCAGCGCACUCUCUGCCGACGUUCCUUCUCGCAGCAUCACGCCCCCCGGAGCAGUCGAAUACCGCAAAGAUGUCUGACGGCGAGGUUGAGGUCGAGCAGUCGCCAAACUACAAUGUCCUCCCCAAGGAUGUUGUCGAGAACAUCGGGCAGACCAAGCUCUUCAACAAGUGGAGCUACGAGGAUGUCGAGAUCCGCGACAUCUCCCUCACCGAUUACAUUCAGAUCAGACAGCCAGUCUACAUCUCCCACUCGGCUGGCCGAUACGCUGUGAAGCGCUUCCGCAAGGCACAAUGCCCCAUCAUUGAGCGCCUCACCAACUCGCUCAUGAUGAACGGCCGCAACAACGGAAAGAAGCUCAUGGCUGUGCGCAUCGUUGCUCACGCUUUCGAAAUCAUCCACAUCAUGACCGACCAGAACCCAAUCCAGAUCGCCGUUGACGCCAUUGUCAACUGCGGUCCUCGCGAAGACUCGACCCGUAUUGGAAGCGCUGGUACCGUCCGUCGUCAAGCCGUCGAUGUGUCUCCUCUCCGCCGUGUCAACCAGGCCAUCGCCCUCCUCACCAUCGGUGCCCGCGAGGCUGCUUUCCGCAACAUCAAGUCCAUUGCUGAGUGCUUGGCGGAAGAGCUCAUCAACGCUGCCAAGGGUAGCAGCAACAGCUACGCCAUCAAGAAGAAGGAUGAGUUGGAGCGUGUGGCCAAGUCCAACCGAUAGAUGGAGAGAAUUGGAAUGUACCGUCUUACGAUAUCGACCUGGUCUGUGGUUUUGCAUCGGAGGUGUUUGGGUGGCCUGCUAGACAUGACUUGGCUCUGCGGUGCUCGCUGGCUACGGUCUGGCGCAGGUGGAUGGACACAGUGAACAGAAAUGGUAGUCGCUGCUGUUCCCUUUUUCGCACAGAUGUGAAGCGAAUGGAGCCGUAGACUUCAAUCAAAACCUCGAAAGCGACUACCUUGACUUGAUGUUACGGGAAAUGCACAUGAUUGCCCACAGACGAAGGAAUAAUGUGACAAAGCGUUGUAUGAAUGAGUACCACAAAAGAGAUGGCAUGCACCACAGUUGUUACUACUGACACUACUCCGACAUAAAUUGAUCAGUGCUCAUGCUCUAGGGAUAUCCCAGAUGCCAUUCGCCUCCGAACACGAAAGCUAGAACUAUUCCAUCCACGCAACUACACAUCCAAGCACAUGACCCGA